AUGCUCAAGUUACAUCCACUCACUGUCCAGAUUGGUUGCGCCACUGCUUUCAUCCAAGCCAGCCAGUCAGCGGCUGCUGCUGUGCUGCUCAAGAGAUCUCCUCAGAAAACAGCCCCAGAAAACGGACUUGCUAAUUCAACAUCAGUCACCAAUGCUCCCUUGGUCCUGUACGCAUCCGACUCGAGCCCGACCAGCUCAACGCAAGCUUCGUCCCCCGCCGUCUCACCUCACCACGGCGUGCUAUUUGUUGUCCUCAGCGGGGCGAGUGCCUUCUCAAUCAUCACGCUGGCCUUCCUGAUCAUCUAUCGCAGAUACAAAGCCCACAAGCUUGGCACUUCUCGCCUGUCGCCAUCUCAUGGGGAUCCGACCAGAGUGCAUGGGGGAGGACACCCAUCGGUUGAGAAAAGCCAGAUCAGACACAUCACCCACGAUGAACAAAAGGAGAAAUACCGAUCGCUGUUUGGAGUUCCGGCGGGAUAUUUGAGGCCGAAAUCGCGGAUCUCCUCAUUAGCGCCUCCUCCGGCCACCUACUCCCUCCAAGUCUCCCGGUAUUCGAAUUCGCUGGUGGGUCUCCAGACGGAAGCCGGUAUGAGCGACUCGAGGUACUCGUCAAGUUCUGACAUCGAGCGCAGCCAUGAGACGUCUUUCUACCCGAGCGCUGCUCUGACGGACGAGGAGGCUUACCUCGACAGAAAGCACAGACACACGCGGGUGAUCAGCUUCGAGGAGGACAGCGGGGCCCGGCCGCUACGAGAGCUCCGGGAAGAGGAGCAGGAGAUCGUCGGCCCGAUCUCGCGCUUUUCGAACCGGUUCCCGAACCUCGUCGCCCGCUUGAAAUCCAUCAAACAAAAAACUAUCUGCAAAGGCGCCAACACCACCGUCUACCGCCCGGGCCCGUACUCAUCAAGCCCCAACAACUUCCAUUCGAUCCUGCGGACCGUAUCCGAGGCGGACUCGGAGGGAGCAUCGGACGCGGACUCCGAACCACCACGGUCCCCUUCUAUCGCCCCGACACCACCCCACUUCAUCAAGAGCCCAAUCGACGAGAACGCAGUGAUGAACAAACCCAUUGACUUAGCCAUCGUUACCCAUCGACUAGAACACCAGCUCUCCGUCCAGCGAAGCACGUUCAGCGGGCGCGGGGACUCAUUCUACUGGAAAUCGCCGCCCAGGUCAGACCAAUGA